AUGUACAUGCUUUUCCAGACACACCUUGAAACACCUGCACAGGCAAAUCCCAGCUUGUUGGAGCAUCAUCGGAACCUCCUUCGUCAUUCAAAGCUUGACCCCAAGAAGCCUGAGUAUAACAAGGCAAAGGAACUUGUGUUCCACUCUCUUGUUGCUCAUGUUCUUGAUUGUACUCGGUUGGUCCUUCAUAAGGACUCAGUUUCCAAUUUGAAGGACUGGUUACCAUCCUGCCCUGACUUUGAUGCAGUGGUGGAUAGGGUUGUAAUGCAGUACACCACAACAUCGGCAGCACAAGACGCCUUGGACUCUGGAGAUGAGCUUCUUGCACAUUCAAUCCUCUUCAUGCGCGACAGCCUAUUUUUCUGGGAGUUUUGUGAUGCCAUCCGUGACGCUGAUGUUGGUCGGAUGUGGAUUGUAUACAACUUCUGGGUUUUCAUGAUGCGUGGUGCAGGCUGUCACAAUUAUGGUAACGAAAUUCUUGAGAUGAAGGCCCAAUUUCAGCAUGAAUUUCCUGACCUUCUUUGUGAGAUUGUCAAGCAUACUUGGCUCAUCAAUUGCUGGGGAAGAAGAGGGCGCUCAAUCCCUACAGAUUUAUAUCUAGAACAUAACAAUGGGUUUACGAAGAACAUGUUCGCCGCCCUGGGAAGCUGUGCAUCCAUUCUUCAUAUCCAGGAAAAAUCCUCGGCAUGCGUCGAGGUCCUCCGGAAACUCGCGUGUGAGGUAUCUGGCUGGUUUGGCGUCAGUGACUUCAAUCGUGGUCACACAGAGGUCAGCAUCAAUAGCGACAUCGCGGCACUAUGUGUUGACAUCAAGGUGCAAAAGCUACAUACAUUUACUAGCAACCGCCAAGUUACUCGCGUCGCCCCAAAGCCCAGCACCCGGACCCAAAAGAAGAAGGCACCAGCCUGUCCCAUGCGAGAUGUCUUACUGGAGGGUGCUGCAGGGACAGACCUCUAUGGUUCAGAUCCUGAGGCAGGUUUUGGAGAGGCAGUCAGCCUGGAGGUGGAUGAUCUGGAGGUGGUGGAGGCAUUUGCAGAUCCCAAUGGAGUACUGGAGGUGGAUUCUGGGGUUGACCCUGAGUUUCAACAGGAGUGUCCCUUUUCAAAUGUUGAUAUUUAA